AGGGAAACACUAGUGCAACAACCUCUCCAUGUUAGAUCAUUAGAUUUGGUUUGCACCUCUGUCAACAGUUUCCUUUUAAACAUUCUGCAGCUCUGAAAUCAAAAUGCAGUGCUGGGUUAUUGCAAGUGGGUUACCGUUCAGGGAGUUGUCUAGAGCGAAUAGAAUUCAGUGCAUUUCAGGCAUGUUAGUAAAUGCAUUGAUUGGUUCCAUUGCUGAUUAACUUGUUUUUUCCAAACCAAACUCUUCAUGCAGUAGCUGUGCCUGGAUUUUGUAGCAUGUGAUAUUGCCCCCUCCAGACUAAAACAUGACUUUAGUAUUUUGAGUGUCCUGUAAAUACUGUCAGCGUUACACGCAUGAUCCAUUAGGCAGCAGCUUUUGAAUUGAAUGAGCCGGCCUUUGCCUCGAGGACAAUGGGCUUCCAGGGUGGUCAUGUAAACACUGCCGAGACGAAAUGUACUGGCUAAAAAAAAAACAAGUGGCUGCUGUGAACAAGCUUAAUCUGCACAGCGCUCUGGGGGGAUUAAGAGGUUUAUUGCAGGUCAGAGGAUCUGCCUCCUUCGGAGAGGAAGCUUUAGUCCCUGAGCUACGAACCAGGAGGUUAAAGUUACGAAUUGAGGGCGUCUGUUUGGAACAGUUUUCUAUGAAAAAUACCUGAAAACAAGGAGCUUGUGUUUGGGAAUCUCCCUGAACAGGAUUACCCUGCUUUUAAUUCCUCUUACCACUGUCCUGGAGAUCUGAGAGCUUUGAGCUACAGACAGGCAUCAGAAGCAUCUAGGCAAUGAAGCCCCUCCCUGGAUGUUACGGCCAUUUACGGACCUCGGAGGUCAAAGGGGCUGAGCCUGAAUCCUCCCCACCCCAAGCUCCCUGGGUCAGUACAAAGACCCGCAGCCAGUGAUAAGGACUACCAUGGAAUGCAGGUGCUGUCAGCCGUGCUAAGGGCUUGUAUACAUUACUGUGAGAAACGCCAGACUGUGGGAAGAAAGCACGGGAUAAACAACUGGGAGAUGGGGGGGCGUAUUAUUUAAACAUAUUUUGCAAUAACAUUCUGUAGCACAGCACUGGACGCUCUACACAGCACUCGCCAGCACAUUGCAGCAGAACACCGAAGCACGCUUUAGUGAGAGUGGUUACUGAGGGUUCUGACAAGGCUCUGCAGAGCGGGGUACGGGUGUGCAGGUUAACAAGCAGAUGCCCAGUGUGAUUCUGAACGGGUCUCAGAUGCCAUUGUGUGCACUAUGAGCUGUCAUCCCUGGUCCCGCCUGGUCCACCAGCGCUCCCUCUCUCUCUCUUCCCUCUUCACGGCCAGCCCUCCCCAGGGAGACAGCCCCCAGACCCCCACACAGAGCUGCGGUAACGAGCCCAAGCAGAAGGUGAGCCAGGAGACCCAUUUCCUCAGUAAGGAGAAGCUGAAACAGCAGCACAGGGACCUGGACGUUCUCCUCUCCAAAGUGACAGCAGCAGGAUACAAAAAGAAUUCCUCAAAAAUGUUCAACGUCACGAAGGAGCAGGCUCCUGAGCCAGAGGCAGUGCCGGGACCCUGUGACAGUGCGGAGCGGCAAGGGGGCAGUGACGACAGCAAUGAGGAUAACUGCGCUGAGGACCUCUUGCCUUCUUCCUGGGACAACCUCUCCAUCUUAGAACGCCUCAGGCUCAACAGUGUCCAGCUGACAGAAGAAGAGAUAGAGUCUGCCUUCACUCACCUGUCCCUGGCGUUCAAGUGUGACCAGUACACUCUGAGGAAGAGGCUGCAGGCGGAGGAGCGGGCGAGAGAAGUCACUGAGGAGAACGUUCACCGUGAGCUGGAGGAAGGGAGAGCCACACUGCAGACUCUGAAGGCUCUGUGUCUGGACAGCAAGAGAAACGAGAUCAUACAGCAACUGGAGCAGAGCCUGGAGAUCCUGGCCAACACCAUCAAGCGCAUCGCCAGCACAGCCGAGCUGCUAGGGGCCGUGCAUCAGGAGGCGAGGGUGAGCCGCGCGGUGGAGUUGAUGAUCCUCCACGUGGAGAAUCUAAAACAGCAUCAUGUGCAAGAACUCUCCGAGCUAGAGGAGAUGAAGAGGCUGGUUCAGAGGAACUCCCGCACCCGGAAGUUCAGCGAACCUCAGGAUGAAAGCGACAUGCGUCAAAAACUGCAGCACCUGAGAUCAACCCAGCAGCACAGCUCCCGCAGGAGAGUGAGCAUCGCCGUCAUCCCCAAGCAGAUGCAGCAUUUCCACAGCUCAGAAUCGAGAGGCUCCGACAAUGGGAGAGCCAACGUGGAUUCAGAUUCAGUACGAGCCACGGUGGAUAACGGGCAUGUCAGUCACAGGUGUACUCAGUUCCCGACGGAAGGAUCCCAGGACAGCGGUCCCCCCCAGCCACCCCUCGAGCCCCUACCAGCCAAGGGAUGUCCCGGCAACAGCAGGGAAAUGGAGGGGGGCGGGAUGUGUUUCAACAGCAGCUGCCCGGAGGCUUUGCGAAAGAGAAAGAAGAGCCGAGAGAUUGUGGAGACGCUGCAAGCAGAGCCGGAGAGAGAGAAUACGGAGGACGAUUUUAGCGGCGUCACAGAAACGUGUGCACGCUCCCGGAGCCUGCUCCCCGCUCUCCUCUCCAGGCUCCUGCCCUCCCCCUGGCUCCUGCUCUGGCUGCUCCUCGUGAUGCUCUCCUGCGUGUUGCUCUGGGGCGUCCUCUCCUGCCAGCUACGGGCCCCCAUCUCCGGGCCCUGAGUAUGAGGGCACAGCCCCCCCCCCCCCACUCACAGCAGCCUCUGUGCGCCACUUGAAAUGGAAAAACAUUGUUUCACAGCUGGGGAUUUCAUUGGACCUUGCUUAGAAAACCCAAUCCAAUCCAAUCCAUUUUUAUAUAGCGCCCUUUACAGCAUGGCAUCCCAGAACACUGUGUAAAACCAAGACAAGAGAGUUCAUGUGUACAAGCACGGUCAAAAAAACAUUUCUCAAUUUAGACUCCAAUCCAGUGCUUCAACCUGCCUAAUGCCAACCGGAAUAGAGUCCCACAAAUGAGGAGCGCAACAGCAAAAAAUAUCUGAUGUUUUGGACUUUCUUUAAUAAGAAAAGGAAUAGAGUCUGUAGUUCUUGGAGAAAGGACGUCCCUAAUCCAUGGAGGACAUGUUAUUAAGACAAUUCAAAUCAAUUCUGUAGCUUACUGGUAACCAGUGGAAGGAUCCCAGCACUGGAGUGACGUGUGGAGAAAGACGAGUGUGGGAAAGCAGUUCUGGCAGCUGCGUUCUGGUUUAGUUUCUGAGUUUAGUGACGGGCAUGCCAAUAAACAAGGACUAGACACUGAGACGUAAUUUUACAAGAACUCCCUAGGAGACAGCAGAGCCAGGCCAGCCUACAUUACAGUACAUCUUUAGAUGGGUGGUGUGAUUUUUCCUUUGCCGCUGCUGUAAAUAAAAAUUCCUGAUUAUAGUGAAUUGCUGUAGCUCCACAUUAAAA